UUGCUUUUAUUUUCGCUUAUAACAUUUUCUUGUGUACCCCUACCUCUCGGGGCUCGUGUCCCUUUGAUUUCGAAGUUGGUGGGGGAAUGUUUGGCACGAGCAAUGCAAAGUGAAUUGUUGUUCUUGCUUCUUGUUGUACCUACAUACGAUCGUCCCUUUCUAUACGCGCCUAUGCCUGCAGUUCUUGCAAGUUCGCUACUUUGUCCUCGCGCUAAUUUUUUUUCUCUCUUUUUCUCUUUCUCUCUUUCUUUCUUUAUCUAUCUAUCCUUCUCUCUUUAAUUAUUUUUCUGUCUUCAUCUUUUUGUGUAAAUCAAACCUAAAAAAAAAGAACUCUCAAAAUGUCACUUUCCUCCUUUUAAAAAAUACACGAACUAACCUCAAAUAAAUAUCUCUUUCGAAUCUCCCAGAAAUGCCGCCAUUUAAGAGAAAUUUAUAUCGAUUUAUAUCGAUUUUUCGCGUAGUUCAUUUGAACGACAAUCUUCGCGUUUACCUUCGAAAGCAAUUUAAAUCAGCAUACAUAUAUAUAUAUAUAUACACAAUACACACACACACACACAUCUGUACAUAUAUACUUUGGCAAGAAUAUUCGCGUAAAAUCAAGAAAAUCCUUGUAUCUUGUAAUACAUAUGGACAGAAUAUUUCGAUUUGGCGAGAAUUUCGUUGUUAAAUUUUCGAUAUUGGCGCAAGGUCAUCGUUAAUUGUAAUUGAUCGUCAAAGUAUUUUCGAUUAAUAUAUUACGGAUUACGUCACUUGCUUCGUAUAACGUCAUUGUUGAUUCUUAAACAAAUGAAAUUAUAAAAUUUAAUUUUCAUAUAAUCGAUCAAAAUUUUCUAAGUUAUACAAACAAUUCAUUGAAUAUGUAUCUAUAGAUAUAUGUAUUUCUUGUAUGACAUUUUUAUUUUUAGAUUAAUCGCAAUAGAUAUAUAUCAAUCGCGAUGCAUACAUCUAGACCAUGCAUCAUUGUUUCGAAACUAUAUCAUUGACACGGUAUCCUGCUUUACUUACUAUAAAUCACGUGUAUCGUCGACAUGUAUUACGAUAUUAUCUUAUCGGACACCAUAAUAUUUAAAUAACGAUACAUACGGAACAAAUGAUAUAAUAGUAAAGAAUAGUAAUAUUUUAUAAAUCUUGUAAUUUUGUGCACGCAAAAAAAUCCGCUUCCGUUAAAAUCGUUUACUUUUUUCGUACAUUUUACUGACAGGAUAAAUAUGAAUUAAUAAGUAAUAUUUCAUCAUCGAGUUAUUAUUAUUUUUUUUUUUUUUUUAUAAAUUACAGAUGUAUGUAAAGACAUAUGUUUAAGAAAUUGUAAAAGAAAUGUAAAAUUUCUUUAAUCCAUUUUAACGUGAUAUCUUAUGGCUACACAUGUAGCCAUUUUGUUGCCAUGGAAACGACUAUGUAGUAUAAACAAAAUUGUAAAACGCAAUCAAAGAAUGCAUUAUUUCGACAAUAAUCGUAUUAUUUUAUGUUUUGUAAUUUUUAUUUUAACAAUCGAUGAAACGAUUGGUAUGAAUAAUGAUAUUCUUGAAUUAUCACGGCCAAGUUUGUGUAAAAAUGAUGAAUAUUUUGAUACAAAAUAUUUUUCUUGUCGCAAAUGUAAUAUCUUCGAAUUUCUUGAGCCCAGCACUGAUCAUUUACGAUGCGUUUGUAAUAAAUUUAGCAAAACAAUUGGUUUUAAAAAUGGUAAUCCCAUUUGUACAAGAUGUGAUCAUAAUCAAACUGUAACUAUCGAUGGCAAGGACUGUAUUGUUUGCAAAAAUAACACCUGCAAAUGUCUACCCAAUGAAAUACUAAUGGAAAGAAACUGGAAUGGUACAUUAUUAAAUAGUAUAAAAUGUCUUCCAUGUCCAAAAAAUACAUAUCCAUCUAAAGAAAGCUCUAAAUGUUUGCCAUGUAAUAACUUGGAUAAUAGAAAUCAAGCAAACUGUAUUUGUCCAAUGAAAUCGCAUGUUAGAAUACAUGGAUAUUGUUUAAACAAAGACAAUCUUUCAGAUUGGCCAGAUGUUAAAAGUACUUACACGAUAAAGUUUCAAAGUGAGAACAUAGAUAGUUAUUACCUUAGAACCGAAUUACAAGCAGCAAUGUACUUUUGUAAAAAUAAAAACAAGAUGUCUUGUGAACAUUUAUCACAUAUAUGUGUUUUAUCUUUAUAUGUAAACAGCGUACAAUGUACAUUAUUUAUGCAAACGCACAUGGCACCAGUUAAACUAUUUUACAAUAAAGACGAAACAUCUUUAGUAUUAAAUGCCAAAAAUAUCACACAAAUAUAUAGUCUGAGAAAGGAUGAUAAUAAUAAUACAUUGAAUUUUACAAUGGCAACAUUUUCUUUAGAAGGCAAAUUACUUGAAAUAGAUAGUCCAAACAUGCCUUGUCAUUUCCUUACAAACGUUAGAUUUGGAGUUAAUCUUAAUAAAAAAUGUAUAAUCACUGUAAAGGAUCUGCUAAAUAUGGAAGUAAAAUUUAUACAACUCUAUUUAACAUUUAAAGAGGAAGAAAAAGUUCUUUCACACGCAGUACCUAUUUAUAUCAAAAAAGAAUAUGAGAAUGAUUACGAUAUUUCGGAAACCCAACUUGUUAGGAAAUUCUUUUUGGUGGACAAUAUAAGUGGUAUUAAAGCAUUGCCAAAUUUUGUAACUGGUACAUUUCUAAAAAAAUCUAACUUGUCGGUACUUCGUUAUAUGAAAUCAUUUACAAUCUUAAUAAAUAUUCAAAGCGGUAAAGCUCGUGGAAAAAUUUAUCCGCCCAUAGUAAUUAUAGAAUAUGGAGAAUUAAUGGAGCAACAAAUUUCUAGAAAUGUAGAAGUUACAAUAAAUUAUAAAGUAACAUUUGCUUUAAAGGAAAAUCAUAUAAAUUCUAAUAUUCAGAUAUUUAUUGGUAUUUUAUCAAGCAUAGCAAUUAUCAAUUCGGCAUUGAAAACUUGGACAUAUUGUAAAAAAAAUUAUGAUUGUACUCCUAAUGCAACUGUUUCAUUAUGGUUCCUUAUAUAUGUAAUGGGUGCUAUAGGAAACAGUCUCAUUAUUGCAUUAAUUAGUGUGUGCAUAUAUUUAUUUAUAUUUUUUAAAGGGCAAACGAUCCCAUAUACUUUACUUCCAAACAUAUCUGAUGAAAAAAAUAUACAGAUAUUCACUAUAAUUGGAUUUUGUCUAAAAAUUGUAGAAAUUAUGGGAUUCAUUUAUCAACAUUGGGACAUACAUAUCUUUUUCAUCGAUUGGGAACAGCCAAAAAUAACACAUAAUUCAUCAAAGUACGAUUCUCCUUAUACUUCAUUUCGAAAAUUGUACACUAACAUAUUAAUUGACGGUAAAGACGAGAAUCCAAAAACUCCAUCUGAAAUUAUUGCAGCUAAGAGGAAUAAAACAUUUAAUAGAACAAACAAAAAAAAUGCACAUAGCCAAAUUUUCAAACCUAUAGAACAAGAAGAACUUCAAGUAACAUAUUCUAUAUCAAAAUCUUCAAUACAAGAAGAAAAUAAUACUCAGUUAUCAGUUAGCGUAUGGAGAACAUAUCUUGUUGCUAAUGAAUGGUUAAAAUUAUUAACAAAACGGAAGAUAAAUAUAUCAUUACAAAUAAUUAGUACUUUGCUUGUUUUAGAGGUCAUAGGUGUAAAAUAUUGGAGCCUAGCUAUACCAGAAAUAACGUUUAAUAAACAUACUGAUGUGAGAAUAAAUUUUUCACUGCAAUAUGCUGUUUGUGCUAUAGUAUAUAUUACAAUUUAUUUUAUUCAGUACUUAACAUCAAUGAUAUUUUAUGAAAGAUUUAUAAAAGAUCAAAUGCAGCAAUUUAUUGAUUUAUGUUCAAUUGCCAAUAUCAGUGUAUUUAUCUUAGAGUAUAAUUAUUAUGGAUUUUAUAUCCAUGGAAGAUCAGUUCAUGGAUUUUCUGAUACAGAUUUAUUUACUUUAAUAAACAAUUUAAAAAAUGAAGAGAAUCAACUAUGUGCACAUAGAGGUCUUGUUCCUGGUACAAUAGAACAAAACUUUAUAGUAUCAGUUACACAAACAUUCAGAACAUUCUAUGAAAAAUUUUAUACUGAGAAGAAUUUUGUAAAUUCUUCACAAUCAUCAAUACCCAUAACCAAUAGGUUUUUAAAAAAAAAUAUUUAUACUUCUAUGGAUUGGAAUCAGAUUUGUAAUACACGUGUAAAAUUGAACCAAUUUUUAUGCGAAUUUCUGGAUCAUUGUUUCAAAAAUGAAGAUUACAUUAUCAAAGAACAAAACUUAAUUGAAAAACUUUGUGACAUUCUCUAUACAAACACUAACAAAACAUCUGUAUUCUAUAUUGAUAAUGAUUAUUCAUUCAGUCAAGUAAUACUUUACGGGAAUGAAUGGUUGAUGGGUACAUUUGAAAUUACAAUAUUUCUUUUUGUGUUGACUUUAUAUGAUAAUUAUGUAUUAGCUGCUGCUAUUACAUUUAUACUCUCGCAAUUAUUCGUUGUAAUUAUUAAAUACAGUGGAAGAAAAAAUUUAAGCAGUAAAACAUUAUUAGAUGAAAGAUUUUUAAUGUAAUAGACUAUGAUAGACUAACAGUCAAUAUAACUUAUAAGAUAUACCUUUUUUUUACUAUAUUAAAAUACUAAAGUAUAUAAUGCAUACAUAGCUUCUUUUUUUAUAAAUAACAUUUUAUUUACUUACGCAAAAAAUAAAUAAAGAGAAAUAAUUAUUUAACGAAUAUUUACCGAAACAUUUAUUUAUAUUAUUUAUUUUUGUAUUUCUACACUUGUAGUACCGCUUAAUGGUCUAUCAACUAUUGCAUUUCAUAUAUAUAAUUAUAUUAAUGAUGAUCACCAUGACCAUGAUCAUCUUUUUUACCCAUUGCCAACAAUUGUUCAAUUCCUAUAGUUAUUAAAAAUGCUGGAAUACCAAGCUUCCAUCCUCUGAAGCAAAACAUCAUUGUACGUUGUGCUUUUGUUUUAUAAUUAGGAUGAUAACGCCAUGCCUCAUUUCUUAACCAAGGAUCUUUUAAACCUUCCUUUGUUAAACGUUCUUGAAAUUUUACUAACGUUGGAAAUUUUUCUAUCUUAUAAGAGUCAGGAGAAGGUAUUUUAACAGUAUCAUGUUCGUGUCCAUGGCCACCCAUAUUAGAUUCUAUAAUUUUCUGUAAAAAAGAAAAAUAUAAAAAAAGAAACAUUAACUUAUAAAGACAAUACAUAUAUCCUCACAAAUGUUUAUUACGUGAGUCUAAUAAGAAAUAUUUUAUACAUCCAUCCAAUAUUUAUAAUUGAGCAAAGGUUAGAUUUUUAUUUCAUUUUAAUUCUAACAAUUAUAUAAACGAGAAGUUUUUUAUAAAUAUUCUUAUCAACUACUAAAAGUUAGCUGGAAUGUUAAUAAAGUAAAAUUAUAUAACUUGCCUUUUCUUUCCGUUAAAUAACUUCAGUAUUGAAAGAAUCAUUAACUUUUCCAAACACUUGAUAGUUCACGACAUUCGGCAUAUCCGUGAACAUAACGGAAUGAUUUUUAGAACGCUUUACAAUUGUAAUAAUCUUAUUUAAAGAUAAAAGAUAAGUUAUACAUAAAAAAUAAGAUAACA